AUAUUAUUUUAUUAAUAUCUUAAAUCUCAAAUAUAAACUAUUUUAAUUUAGUUCUCAAAAUUUGGAUGAGAAUUUGAUGCGACGAUUCACCCCUUCGCUUCUAUCUCCGAGUUAGGGUUUUUCACCAAUUCCAAAAGGUGAUCUUCAACCUGGGAGGUGAAUUAUGGGUCGCCAUCCAUCUGAUGAUUCAGAAUCUCCGGUUAGGACUCGUGAAUCGAGUCGUAAGAGGAGCCCACCUCGAAGAGAAAAAUCUCCUGCCCGUAAUAAGAGUUCAUACAAAGCAAGGUCCCCAGUCAGAGAGAAGCCAUCAAGUCGAACUAGGUCCCCAAGACAGGCAAUGUCGAGGUCACCUGAAAAGUCUCGGCUGAGAGAAAAGCCAUCAGGUCGAACCAGGUCCCCAAGACGUGGUAAGUCAAGGUCACCUGUAUCUGAUUCUCCGGUGAAAGAUAAACCUUUAAGUCAAGGCAGAUCCUUGAGGCAUACAAAGUCAUCUUAUUCUCCGGUUAGAGACAAACCGUCGAGUCGUGCCAGGUCAAGGUCUCCUGUACAUCAUCUGCCCUCAAGGGAGAGAACUUCUAAUCAAACUAGAUCCCCCAAACGGCCAAAAUCAAUAUCUCCUGCAGCUCGUUCGCCUUCCCCACGUACUAAGAGAUUACGAAGAGCAAAAGAUGAAAAUGAGUCUGUAAUAGGAAGUGAGAGGGCACAAAAAACAAACCUUAGGGUCAGUGAAAGGUCUACACGUAGGGAAAAGGAUUCAGAGGAUGAAGAACCAAAUGCGAGAAGAGAAAAUAAGUCUGGAAGGGAUGCAAUUCGUAAUGGCUCUUCUAGAUCAAGACGCGGAAGGUCAGGUUCACCAUCAGGCCAUAACCACACGAGGUCUCGGUCACCUCCUAAUGCUUCUGAACGAAGAGAUCGCGAUGAGGUAACUAUCUCAAGAAAAGGCGAAUAUAAUUCAAGAGGAGGUGAACAAGGGAACCCUAGUGAUGAUUCAGUUGCUAAGAUGGCAGCUGCGGCAGAGGCCUUGGAAAAGAAGGAAAAGCAAAAGCCUUCAUUUGAGCUGUCUGGAAAGCUUGCUGAAGAAACGAAUAGAUUUAGGGGUAUUACACUACUCUUCAAUGAGGCUCCAGAUGCUCGGAAACCAGAAACAAGAUGGCGACUUUAUGUUUUUAAGGGAGGAGAUGUGCUUAAUGAGCCCUUGUAUGUACAUAGACAAACAUCUUACCUUUUUGGGAGAGAAAGGAGGGUGGCAGAUAUUCCUACAGAUCACCCUUCAUGCAGCAAACAACAUGCUGUUCUUCAAUACAGGCAAGUAGAAACUGAACAACCUGAUGGCACUUUGUCAAAACAAGUAAGGCCUUACAUCAUGGAUCUUGGAAGCACAAAUGGAACUUUCAUUAAUGAAGAGCGCAUUGACCCUCAACGUUAUUAUGAACUUCGUGAGAAAGACACCAUAAAGUUUGGUAAUAGUAGCCGCGAGUAUGUUCUGCUGCACGAGAAUUCAGCGGGAUAAUGAUCGUCAUUGGCUGUACCCAUUGUGAUAUUUUGCGUGUUUGCUCUGAGAAGAUGUUUGGAUGUGGUCUGGAUGACUCUGAAGGGAAUUGCGUGAAAUCUUGGCAUUUGGUUGAGUUUCUUCAGUUAUCUCACAUGUGAACUAGAUCUUUGUCAUUUUAGCUUCUCUUUUAUAGUAGCAACAGUAUUGUAGCAUCGUAUGUUCCAUCUAAUGGUUUUUAGUUGUUUGUAAGAUUUAGAACUUGUUUAAGCUUAUAUGUUGCUGAUUUUCUGGUGUUUUAAUUUGCCGAGUUUAUUUAACUCACCAGACAGCUUUUCAACAGUUGAUUUUCCAAACUAGAAAACUUUGGUGUACAUUGUUGAUCUAUGUUUAAUAAUGUUCUGCA